AUGAUCCUGCAAUCUUCCGACAAGUAUAUAGAAUGUAUCCAGAUGUAUUCCGGAAGUUAUGCACAAUUCUUAGAGAAAAAACACUUUUGGAGGAUACAAGAUUUAUUUGCGUUGAAGAAAUGCUUGCAUCAUUCCUACAAAUCGUCGGCCAAAAUACUCGAUAUUGUGUCAUUUCUUGCAAUGGUGAGGGGACGAGAUGUAAGCAGUUAUCGUAAUCGUCAUGGAAAGAUAUCACAAAAUGUAUUAGCUGCUUGUAACUUUGAUUUGGAAUUCAUAUACGUUCUUAGCGGGUGGGAGGGUUCAGCUCAUGAUUCAAAGCUACUAAAUGAUGCUUUAUCAAGGAGGAAUGGACUUAAAGUGCCCCAAGGUAAAUAUUUCCUAGUGGAUUGUGGAUUUCCUAAUCGGCGCCAAUUUUUAGCUCCAUUUCGAGGUGUGCGAUAUCAUCUCCAAGAUUUUGCAGGUCAUGGUAAUGACCCUCAAAAUGAAAAUGAAUUGUUCAAUCUUCGCCAUGCGUCAUUGAGGAAUGUGAUCGAGAGGAUAUUUGGCAUUUUUAAAUCACGGUUCACAAUUUUUAAGUCAGCGCCUCCAUUUCCAUUUAAGACACAAGCAGAGCUUGUGUUAGCAUGUGUAGCACUACACAACUUUCUUCGCAAAGAGUGUCGUUCUGAUGAAUUUCCAAUUGAACCAGUGGACGAAUCUUCUUCAUCUUCAGUAUUACCAGUUAAUGAAGAAGAGAAUUUGGAACCUAUUGUUCAAACCCAAGAGCAGCAACGAGAAAAUGCUAAUGCAUGGAGAGCUACCAUAGCUUUAGAUAUGUGGAGAAAUGCUACUUAG